AUGGCGACGGCUGCAGCCCCCCAGUCCUCUCUCCUCUCCCUUCUGUACCGCUCGUACCCAACCGCCAUCUCCCCCGAUGCCACCGAGCCCGACUACCUGCAUGCCUCGCCCAAGAUUUUCCCGAAGGUCAACUUCGGCGAGCCCGAGCAGGCCGACAUCAAACAGUGGCUGAACACCGUCUCGGGCCUGAAUGCUGCCGUAGUCAAGGAUGAGAAGUCCGUCACCGAGACCAUUCUGGCCCAGAUCAACACCCACCUGGCCACCCGCACCACCUUGCUCGGCACGAAGCCUUCGGUCGCCGACAUUGCUGUGUAUGCUCUCGUGGCGCCCAUGGUGGAGAAGUGGUCGCCUGAGCAGCGCACCGGCGAACAUGGAUACCAUCACAUUGUGCGACAUGUCGAUUUCGUGCAGAACUCGCAGCUGUUCGCUCUGCAGAUCCCUGAGGAAGAAAAAAUCUCCAUCGACGUUAACGAUGUCAAGUUCGUGCCGAAGCCCGUCGAUCCCAAGGAAGAAAAGGAGCGCAAGAAGCGCGAGAAGGCCAGUGCGCAGAGCCCAGACUCUAUUGCCCAAGGCACCAAGCCACUCGUUGUCGGCCAGGGCAAACCAGAGCAGCCCGCGGACGCUGCGGGGGCUCCGCCCAAGACCAACAAGAAGGAGAAGAAGGAAAAGAAAGAGAAGCAGCCCAAGCCCCCACCAGCACCUGCGGCUCCGCCAUCUCCUUCGCUGAUCGACCUACGCGUCGGCCAUAUUCUCCGUGCUAUCAACCACCCCAACGCCGACUCGCUGUACGUCUCCACCAUUGACUGUGGCGACGCCCCGGGAGCCGAUAACACAUCCCUGGACGAAGAGACCGGCAAGACGGUGCGGACUGUGUGCUCCGGUCUGAAUGGCCUUAUCCCGCUGGAGGAGAUGCAGGGCCGCAAGAUCGUGGCCGUCUGCAAUUUGAAACCCGUGACCAUGCGCGGCAUCAAGUCCGCCGCCAUGGUGCUGGCCGCAUCUCCGCGCGUUGCAGAAGGCGAGGACUCCCACGGCGGUCCCGUCGAGCUUGUCAACCCGCCUACCGAUGCCCCGGCCGGUGAGCGCGUGACCUUCCAGGGCUGGAGCGAGGGCGAGCCCGAGAAGGUGCUGAACCCCAAGAAGAAGAUUUGGGAAACUUUCCAGCCUGGUUUCACCACGACCGACACCCUCGAGGUUGCUUUCGACAGCACUGCUGUCCCCUCUGUGCAGGGCCAAGAGGGCAAGCCCGCCCUCGGCAAGCUGGUUACCGCCUCUGGAGUUCUUUGCACUGUGAAGAGUCUGAAGAAUGCCACGGUGCGGUAA